AGUGCCUGUCAAUCAAGCGUCAAUGUUGGUCUCACGAUCACUGUCACUAUGAGGAGCGGACAAUCAAAACUCUCCGGUCUCCCUCUCAUGCGACGACCCAUCUCGUGUCUACGACGGACUGAAUCUUGGCUGCAUCUUUUUCGAGCGAGUUCCUUCGCUUGUGUGUUGUUCUUUCGUUUCUUGACAGAUAUAUAACUUGCGUGCGUCCCCAGAUCCCUACGACUUCUGCAUUACCAUUGUCAUCAUGUCUCGCACCUCUCUGCCUAAAGAUUUCCUAUGGGGCUUCGCAACAGCAAGUUACCAGGUAGAAGGUGCUCCCGCAGAAGAUGCCAGAGGAGACUCGAUAUGGGACGUCUUCUGCCGCAUUCCUGGAAAGAUCGCCGGCAACGAAAAUGGAGACAUCGCUUGUGACUCUUACCACCGGUACAAAGAAGACGUAAAGCUUUUGAAGGAUAUGGGUGCACGUGCAUAUCGAUUCAGCAUCUCCUGGUCUAGGGUUAUCCCUCUUGGUGGUCGCGAAGACCCAGUCAACCAGAAAGGUCUCCAGUACUAUAUCGAUCUCGUGGACGAAUUACUUGCCAACGGAAUCGAGCCCAUGGUCACUUUGUUCCAUUGGGACCUGCCUCAAGGUUUAGAGAGAUAUGGAGGCCUCUUGAACAAGGAAGAAUUUGUGGCCGACUAUGCGCAAUAUUCUCGAAUCAUCUUCCAAGCACUAGGGGACAAGGUCAAGUAUUGGGUGACUUUCAACGAGCCUUGGUGCAGUUCUAUUCUUGGAUAUAACGAGGGCGUCUUCGCGCCAGGAAGAACCAGCAAUCGCUCCAAGAGUUCGGUCGGCGACAGCAGCACUGAACCCUGGUUGGUAGGACACAAUCUUCUGAUUGCACAUGGUGCGGCCGUGAAGAUCUACCGGGAAGAAUUCAAACCAACUCAAAAGGGACAGAUUGGAAUUACCUUGAAUGGUGAUUGGGUCGAGCCUUGGGACCCCGAAGAUCCCAAGGAUAUUGAAGCUUGUCAACGCAAGCUCGAGUUUGCAAUAAGUUGGUUCGGUGACGUGGUGUAUUUCGGUGACUAUCCUGAAAGCAUGCGCAAGCAACUUGGAGAUCGUCUACCAAGAUUUACUCCGGAAGAAAAGGACUUGGUUCAAGGCAGUAAUGAUUUCUACGGUAUGAACCACUACUGUGCAAAUUACAUCAAGCACAGGUCCGGCGAGCCGGAGCCAGAAGACUAUCUCGGCAACCUCGAAUCCUUGCUCGUCAACAAGGAGGGUCAGGAAAUAGGACCCGUUACCCAAAGUCCUUGGUUGAGGCCACAUGCUGUCGGCUUCAGAAAACUGCUCAAAUGGAUCUCUGACCGUUACGGACGCCCUGCCAUCUAUGUCACGGAGAACGGUACGAGCUUGAAGGGCGAGAAUGAUCUCUCGAAGGAGGAGAUUCUUGAAGACGACUUCAGAGUAUGGUAUUUCAAGGAGUACGUUACCGCCAUGGCAGAGGCAUACACCCAUGACGAUGUAGACGUCAGGGGAUACAUGGCUUGGAGCUUGAUGGACAAUUUCGAGUGGGCUGAAGGUUUCGAGACUAGAUUUGGAGUUACUUUUGUCGACUACCACAAUGGUCAGCAAAGAUUUCCCAAGAAGAGUGCGAAGGCUAUGAAAGGACUGUUCGAUUCGCUCAUGCGCGAGUCGUGAUGAUAUGCCGUCUCGUUGCUCCUGCUGCGCACGGAACAUCAAAACAAAUAACUGGAUAUAGCAGUGCAAUGCACAACGGGAAUUUCAGAAAGAACAUUGACGAUACUUCAUAAAUCCAUUGCAAUGCUUGUUAAAGUCCUGUCGAACCAUGUCCCAACAGCCUAGCCACCCAAAAAGAGACAACCC